UCAAUAUUCCAACAGUAUUUCUAGUCCUGACAAUCCUGCUCACAUCAGAGAUCCUUUGGAGCUAAAGGCCAGAUCACAUGAUACCAAAGGUUUCUGAUUCUCCUUAACUGAUUGUCUAUUGUAUCUUUGCUCCUGGUCCUGAUUGUUCCAAAUGCAUGGACACUAAAAAUAUCUCAGACCAACUUCUGUCCAAUGAAUCAGGAAAUGUGACUGUUGUAACUGCAGUGAUUAUUCCAUAUGUAUUUUGCAUUUUCUGUGGUGUGUUAUCUGUUCUGAUUAUGGGUGGAAACCUGCUUGUGAUCAUUUCCAUCGUUUACUUUAAACAGUUACACACUCCUACAAACUACCUAAUGCUGUCUCUGGCUGUGGCUGACCUACUCGUAGGUAUUUUUACAUUGCCUUUCACCAUUAUACUCUUUGUGACUUCAUACAGUUCUGUUCAAGGAAUACUUUGUACGGUUCGGAGUGGUCUGGACUCUAUUUUAUGCGUUACUUCAAUCUGGACUUUGUGUUUUAUUUCUGUGGAUAGAUAUUACGCUGUAUGUCAACCUCUGAGAUACAGGAAUGAAAUAACUGGCCGUGUUAUUGGGAUAAUGAUCUUGGCAUCUUGGACUGUUGCCACCGCAAUUGGAGGCACGCUAACAUUUCAGUCCCCAGACAUAGGGCAAUCUAGCACCACGUGUGUUUUAUUUCAGAAUAAAAUGCUGAAAUCUUUAUUACUUGGAACUUUGUUCGGAUUUUGUAUCCCAGCCAUUAUUAUGACUGCAAUCUACAUAAAGAUUUUAUUAGUGGCUCAAAGACAGGCCUGCAAGAUCUUAAACAUGUCAAAGUCUGGCACAACAGUCAGUAGGAGCGAAAGAAAGGCAACUAAAACUCUGGCUAUUGUGAUGGGUGUUUUCAUGAUAUGCUGGGUGCCCUUUUUUAUCAGUGUCAGCUGCCAUGCUUUGAGCAAUUACUCAACACCAUCCUCUGUUGUUCAGUUCUUCAAAAUGUUAGGCUGGACAAAUUCAAUGUUUAAUCCAUGUGUGUAUGCCUUCUUUUACAGACAUUUCAGAUUAACUUUUGGGAUGGUUAUCAAAGGGAAGAUAUUUAAAAAUGAUUUUUCUAACAUGAGACUCUGUUAACUCCUUCUGACUUAUCUUUUGAAAUUUCAACUUUCACACACAAAUACACAAUCGGAAUUUGUAAAUAUAUAUAUCAUUUUCUGUCAUUACCCCUUCAAAAUCUCUGGGGCUGCAUGUUAAAUAAAGCCACAGAUAUAAAUGAUUAGCAAAUAUCUGAGGAGAUCAUUUGAAUGAUGCCUGCUUUUUUGGGUUAGGGUUAGGAUUAGUUAAAAAACGCACAAAAAAAAAAAAAACAACUAAAAAUGACGUCUUACGUGUUGACACUGAAAAUAUGUAUAAUUCAGUGAUGUAAUGUAUUGCAGUUACAUCAAUAAAUUAAUUGCCUAUUGAAUAGAUGUACUGAGUUUUACUUUGAUUUUUUUUUUUACUUUAUUAGAAUGUUAUGCUCUAUACUGUAUUGAUCCUGUUGAUCCAUUGUAGUGUUAUAAGGUUAU